AUGGGGGCGUGGUGCUUGCCUGAAGCUCUCCUGCGUUGGCAAGUGCUACGUCUGCUUGCUUCACCCCCUUCUCCUUUCUCUCCUGGGGCAGAUGGUGGCUUGGAGGAGAUGGUGGAGGAGCUCAACAGUGGGAAGGUGAUGUAUGCCUUCUGUAGGGUGAAGGAUCCCAACUCCGGCCUGCCCAAAUACGUCCUUGUCAACUGGACUGGCGAAGGCGUGAAUGACGUGAGAAAAGGAGCCUGCGCCAACCAUGUCAGCACUGUAGCAAACUUCUUAAAGGGGGCUCAUGUGACCAUAAACGCUCGUGCCGAGGAGGACGUGGAGCCUGAACUCAUCAUGGAGAAGGUUGCCAAGGCUUCUGGGGCAAAUUACAACUUCCACAAAGAAACCAGCAAGUUCCAGGAUUCGGGCCCUCAAGCUCCAGUGGGCUCUGUCUAUCAGAAGACAAAUGCAAUGUCUGAAAUCAAGAGAGUCAAUAAAGACAAUUUCUGGGCUAAAGCUGAGAAAGACGAGGAAAACCGCCGGCUGGAGGAGAAGAGGAGAGCAGAAGAGGAGCGUCAGAGGCUAGAAAGAGAGCGUCGAGAGCGGGAGCUGCAGGAAGCAGCUGGGCGUGAACAGAGAUAUAAAGAGAGAUCCAGUGAAAUCGAAGCCCAGAAGAGAUUCCAGCAGCAGCAGGAAGCAGAGAACAGGGACAAGGAGCAACAGCAAUGGAAGGAGCAAGCGGAGGAGUACGAGGCCAGGCAGCGGAAGGGCUUCAAGAGAAGCGAAUCUGUGGAGAAAGCCCAGGAGGCUGCGUCGCUGAUAGCGCAGAGGUCAGUGAACCCCCGGGACAUCUUCAAGCAGAGAGAGAGGUCUGCGCCUGCGGACGUGGUGACGGCUUCCCAGCCAGGCAAGCUGCGCAGCCCCUUCCUUCAGAAGGAGAUCAACUCUGUGCCACCUCCUGCCUCUCCCGUCUCGUCGGCUGCGCGGGACACUCCUUCGCCCUCCUUCGCCCACCCCUCUGCUCGGGAGACGCCUCCAACCUCUCCGGUACCUGCAUCAGGGCAAGACGAUGGGUAUGGUUCAAGCGUGCCAGUUUCCCGCGCGGAAGAGGCAGACCUGUACGAGGAACCGCCUGACCAGUCGGCCAUCUAUGAAGAACCCCCCCAGGAACAAGUCGACGAUGCCAAAUACGAAUACCCUGUUGAGUACCAGCAGACGCCGGACCUGACGGGGAAGGGGCUGUGCGCUCGGGCGCUCUAUGACUAUCAAGCUGCUGAUGACACGGAGAUCUCGUUCGAUCCGGAGAACAUCAUCACCAACAUCGAGAUGAUCGACGAAGGCUGGUGGCGUGGUUACGGUCCCGACGGCCACUUCGGCAUGUUCCCUGCCAAUUACGUGGAACUGAUAGAGUAAGGGGGGCGGCGGGGGACGCGGCCCCCAGAAGCGCUCGCCUCCAACCCAAUUCUUCCAAAUAAUGUGUGGCUUUUUUUUUUUUUCUUCUUCUUUUUUUCAAUCUUCUCCGAGUGAAGUGCCAUUGCCCUGCUCCCUCGGCACCAGGGCUGACCCCGAGCGCUGCUCUCCUCUGCCCUCUCCCGUCCCCCUUAGCCGGCCCUUCGUAGCGAGGAAGGGUUCGAUCCAGUCCUGAGAACCUGCAGUGCUGAUCUCCUGAUCUCCCCUUUGGUUUGGAGAGUGGAUUCCCUUUUGGAAGGCAAGCAGGGAUGGCAGAUCCCUACGGAGCGUUCAGGGAACUAAUCGCCUCUCCCCCGUUCUCCCAACGACCCCUCGGGCUCAGAGCCGGCAUAGCCGUCACGGAGAACCCGCUCUCUCCGCUUCGGCUCGGCGGGGGAGGCUCUGAUUUACGGUAGCAUCUCACGAGGUCUAAUACCACCCAGAGAGCCCAAACCUCGUGCCGCGAGGUUGCCACUGCCAAGACGAGCACGUGAGCGCGGCCAGGGCCGCGGUUGAGUACCCGCAGGCUGCCCUUAGAGCCCGUCCGCGGCACUGACGCUGAGAAAGGGGCUUGGACCUUAUUUUUAAGCAAGGAGGUUCUUUGUUCUUCUCCCUGCUGUCCCUAGGGAAGGGGUUUUCUUUGUCUUUCCCGAAACUGUGCUUUGGGGCUUUGAAUCAGGUGCGGGCAAGCUUCUUUGCAGGGGAGAUCAAACAAGGCCAAAGUGUUUGGGUUUUUGGGGAUUUUUGUUUGAUUGUUUGUUUUUUCUUAAUGAAAACCUCCCGGGGGGAGCGCGGGAUUCCCCCAUCCCUACGUCACCCCAAAUUCACUGUGAACAAGGAAGAGCCCAGGCUCGGCUGUCACCGUC